AUCUUCUUUUCCCUUGCCUUUACUUCCACCCUUGCCAGAGUCUUUGUUCUUGGGCGCCAUGGGGACUGUAGGCCCAAGUUGAGAUGUCACAGAGAUUCUCCGUAUGGAAUUAUGUAUUUUGCAGGUGUGGCUAUUGUACGGGUAUCAAAAGAUGACAAUGCAAUGGGGAAUGUAACUGUUCGGGCUGAUACGACAGCUUUAAGGGACACUCGGAAGUUAUUGCAGGGACUCUCUUUACGCGUAGCUGAGAGUCUCGCAGUACGGACUACAAGUAACAACUCAAGUUCUCGAAGUGGUGGUUAGACCAAUUUGGUAUGGCGCAUGCUUGGCGGGGCUAAAGACAAAGGUGCUGCCGAUUUGACUUACUUGCGGGCGCGGUGCAGGGCAAUGACAGUCAGAAAGAGGCCAUGGUGGAGGCUUUUUCCUGUCUGUCACGCUUCGCUUCAAUCCGGUCAUGGGAUUUUGUUCACACCGGGCUCACCAUGAAACAAGCAAGAGUGAAGGACUACGCAUUGAAGGAAUUGAAGAAAAUCUUGUCAACGGGCACCCUCUCGCCGCCUCUUCCACCAACACCAGAUACGCGUCUGUAGAAAAGUUGUAUAGAAAUGGAACGAAUCACGUGACACUUCCACUGCCUCGCUUUUGUGAAGAUGAUUGCAGCAGUCUGCGGCAGACAAGCUUGGGCUUUGUGAUUGCACCCUUCGGUGACCAACGAUGAUUCCAUUUUUACCUACAUCACCACCACUCCCUUUCAUCCACCUCUGACUUUUCUCAUCAUCGACCCAUCCCGACACCAUCAUCCCCUCUACCACUGUUGCGCGACAACACGACAUCGUUGCCCUCGUCAAAUAAUGUCGCAAACCCCUUGAACGAUUGAGAUUCUGUGACACGACUUCACCCGUUAACCCGCCCGGCUUUUGCGGGAGCGCGAAGACACGAAAUUGAAAGCCUCAAAAUCACAAACAGACACAACCCACCACGACCGUCGCCGUCGGGUGCGCUGUAUUGGAAAACUACUUGACACGUUUCGACCGGGCAAUGGAGACUUCGGAAAAGGCCAAUAGAUAAAGACUGUACGCCUGAGGUACUCAAAUACGUACUGAAAAAUCACACCAGGCUGCGGCCGAAGACAGAGUCGUGAGAAUUUCACCUCAGAUUCAUCGCGACAAUGUCUGGAUCGACGCCAUUCACGGCUCGUUCGCCAACGCAGUCGAACCAGUAUCCACCAUACUCACCAACUCACCCAAAUCGCCCUUUCUUUGGCCAUGAACCUUUUCAAAUACCUCCACCACAACACCUUUUGCAAACUCCUCCACCAUUUCAACCUGCAUCUCUUGCGCAAAGUCAGCAUCAUGGUCGCCCACCAGCAUUAGCAUCACCCUUGCCUGCGCCGAAUGGACUUCCACCUCCGCCCGUCCCAGUCGGCAACGGUCCUCCUCAAUAUCCGCAAGGUUUGACCUCAAGUCCCCCGUAUCCCCUACAGAGGACAUACUCGGGCCGCCUUAUACCUCCGCCUCCUGGCAUGGCCUCGCCAUUUGAUGCACCUCCACACGGUCACCCUCCGGGUUCGGCUUUGCAGCAAUCACCUUUGCGAGAACCUCAGAGCCUGAGCAAUGGUAGAUUCGCCGAGAACUAUUCCGCUGAGUCGCGUCCUCAGUCGAAAGACAAGCCUGAUCGAGCCAGCAACCCGAUGUCUUUUGCUAGCAUAUUGGGACCAUCGAACAAUGAGCCACCUCCGAAGCCUGUUGAGACGAUACCUCCACGGCCAUCAACGCCACCGCCGAGGCCUGCAACACCGACAAAACACACUCCUGAGAAGCCGUUGGCCAUCAAACAGCAAGAGGUGGAAACCCCAAAGACACUGACAAAUGGUGACGUUAGAGAAAAGAGAAAGCCAGAACCAUUAGCGGUGUCCAAAAAACGUGUCGCGCCUUCCAAGCCACGAAAGGCCUUGACCGAGAUCGAAGCCGACAAGAUCUUGAAAGCCAUGAACAUGAUUGAUGAAGGACCGAUGAGUGAUGCAGAUGAAGUAGAAUUCUACGAGCUCAAAGAGCGCUACAAACAGCGAGGCAAGAAACGUGCGGCAGAAAUCAGCGAGGCAGAGUUACGAAAGCGAAAGCGUCGGCGAGAUUACCUCGUCGAUUCAUUCAUCAAAACUUUUGAGUCCCAUGCCAUCGAUGCCGCUCAACGUUUCCGUGCACAGGUCGAACCUAUCGCUGCCAAAGAGAUCGCAGACAAAGACAUCGCCACCGAAAAGGAACGCAAGAAGGAUAUGCAAAGAAAGCGACGUCGCGAGCAACAGAUCCGAAACGAGAGAGAGAAACUUGAGGAACUUGAAGAACGCGCUCGAAAUGCAGAAGACCAAGAAGAAGCACAGAAAUACCUUAAACAAGUUGAGAGAUCGCAGGCUCGGAUCCGACAGACUGCUGAACUCCUCGAAGGUGGACCUCCACCGGAAGACCUCGAGGUCUCAGCACCUGCUCCCAAUUAUGAAGGUGGUGUUACGUCCUCGUUCCAGAUCGGUUCUCCGGAGCCUAGCGAAGCUCCUCCCAAAAAGAGAGCCAAGAAGGAGCCAGGGGCCCCGUCUGCGCGACUUAAGAAAUCCAAGGAGAAGAAGCAAGCCGAGAAGGAUGCCGCAGAGGCGGCAUAUCUUGCCAUGCAGCAAGAUACCGAUAAAGAUGUGGCCGUUGCUCCUAAGGACGACACUCCUGUUGCUCCCACAAAAGGCAAGAAGUCCAAAGACAAGGACAAAGAAAAGAAAAAGAAGGAGAAAGAAAAGGAGAAGGAGAAAGAGAAGCAGAAGGAGAAGGAGAAGGAAGAAGAAGAAGAGGCUGCCGCUGCUGCCGCCGCCGCACAGCAAGGUAUCAACUACGACUCCAAGGGUUACAAUCAAAUCUACGAGCAGAUAUGGCGUGACCUUGCCAGAAAAGACAUUCCCAAGGUAUACCGUCUCAAGCAGGUGUCGCUUGGUACCAAACAAGAAAAUAUGCGCAAGACCGCGAUUCUGGCGAGCAAGCAGGCACGUAAAUGGCAAGAGCGUACCAACAAGAGCAUGAAGGACACUCAAGCUCGAGCCAAACGCGUUAUGCGUGAGAUGAUGUCCUUCUGGAAGCGUAACGAACGAGAAGAGCGUGACCUUCGACGGAUGGCCGAGAGAAAAGAGAUCGAAGAUGCAAAGAAGGCCGAAGCAGACCGCGAAGCGAAUCGACAGAAACGGAAGCUCAACUUCCUUAUCUCGCAGACCGAGAUCUAUUCGCAUUUCAUUUCGCGCAAGAUCAAGACGGACGAGAUUGAAUCGUCUACCAAUGAUCCUAGUAUCUCCGGCUCGGGAGAGAAAGCGGGUACCUCUGAUGCGAAGGAGAAUCGCACCAUGGAUGAUAUGGCCCUGUCGCACGAACAUGGCAACCACAAGAUGACCAAUUUUGAGGACCUUGAUUUCGAUGCUGAGGACGAGUCGAAUCUCAAGAGAGCCGCAAUGGCAAAUGCUGCCAGCGCUCUACAAGAUGCUCAAGAUAAAGCCCGGAACUUCAAUGGAGAUGAUCCCAUGGCUGCUUUCGAUUCUAGCGACAUGAACUUCACGAACCCUACCAUGGCAGGAGACGUCCAGGUCUCUCAGCCGAAGAUGCUGCAGGCUCAGCUCAAAGAAUACCAGUUGAAGGGUCUGAACUGGUUGGUCAACCUUUACGAGCAGGGUAUCAACGGCAUUCUUGCAGACGAAAUGGGUCUCGGCAAGACAGUACAGUCUAUCUCGGUCAUGGGCUACCUGGCAGAGCAACACAAUGUUUGGGGCCCUUUCCUCGUGAUUGCCCCUGCUUCGACUCUGCACAAUUGGCAGCAGGAAAUCACAAGAUUCGUGCCAGCCAUCAAGGUUCUACCGUACUGGGGCAAUGCAAAGGAUCGAAAGGUUCUGCGAAAGUUCUGGGACCGGAAGCACGUCACCUACACGAAAGACUCCGAAUUUCAUGUUCUGGUAACCUCCUACCAGCUCGUCGUUCAAGAUGCUCAGUACUUCCAGAAGAUCCGAUGGCAGUACAUGAUCCUCGACGAGGCCCAGGCCAUCAAAUCCUCUAGCAGUUCGCGUUGGAAGACUUUGCUUGGAUUCCAGUGUCGAAACCGUCUGCUUCUAACCGGUACUCCUAUCCAAAACAAUAUGCAGGAACUAUGGGCGUUGCUCCAUUUCAUCAUGCCAACACUUUUCGAUUCUCAUGACGAAUUCAGCGAUUGGUUUUCUAAAGACAUAGAAAGCCAUGCGCAGAGUAACACCAAACUCAAUCAAGAUCAGCUGAAGCGACUCCACAUGAUUCUCAAGCCAUUCAUGUUGCGUCGUGUCAAGGCUCACGUCCAGAAAGAACUUGGUGACAAGGUCGAGAAGGACGUCUUCUGUGAGCUCACAUACAGACAACGAGCAUACUACGCCAAUCUUCGAAGCAAGAUCAGCAUCAUGGAUCUUAUUGAGAAAGCAACACUUGGAGAUGAUCAAGAUACUGCGACUUUGAUGAACUUGGUGAUGCAGUUCCGGAAAGUCUGUAAUCAUCCCGAUCUGUUCGAACGAGCGGACACGACAUCUCCAUACUCCAUGUCCACCUUUGCCGAGACUGCAUCCUUCCUUCGAGAAGGCUUCUUUGUCCAGCUCGCCUAUUCCGUGCGAAAUCCGAUCCAGUACGACCUGCCACGGGUUCUAUGCAAUGAUGUCGGCAGACUAGACAUUGCAGGACCUGACAACGCUCGGGCCGGGUUCUGUCGGGCUGGGUUCAAGACUAAUGGUGUCGGUGGUCUCAUGAGGAUAUGGACUCCAGAGUACAUGAAGAAGUCUGCAGAAAAUGAUGGGGCUUUCUCGUUUCUACGUUUCGUGGAUACGUCUCCCAGUGAGGCAGUCCAUGCGGCAGAUCACGGUGUUCUUGAGCGUGCUCUCAGACUUGAGAAGAAAUCCAAGCGUGCGCUACCCAUCUUUGAUGAUCAAGAAACACAGCCACCUCCGCACGCGAUGUUGAAUAUCAUGGAGAACAGCCCUCGGCAGCCACUUGCAGAGCUCGAUCCCAAUUCCAAUCUUGCGCAGCUGUGCAACAUCUCGAGACGGUCAUUGGAAGAUGAUGGCUACUCUGUUUUGGAGCCGGCUGCAAUUCCUGCAGCAUUGGCUCCACCGAUUGAGGUCAGCGCUUUCGAUCAAUCUUCCAUCUCUGAACGACAGUUGACCAUGUUCAACAUGGGUGUGAGAAGCACUUUGUACCCAUUGGAAGAGAACGUGGAAGCCAGGUUGCUUCAGCAAGAUGUGGCUCCCGAGAAUUUCCCACUAUCGGGCAUGAUGCCGAAACCACAAUCACAGAAGGGCCGAUACACUCACAUUUCGAUUCCAUCCAUGCGUCGGUUCGUCACGGACUCUGGCAAACUCGCCAAGCUGGAUGCACUGCUUCGCGAGCUCAAGAAUGGUGGUCAUCGUGUGCUGCUUUACUUCCAGAUGACGCGCAUGAUUGAUCUAAUGGAAGAAUACCUUACCUACCGGAACUACAAAUAUUGUCGACUGGAUGGUAGCACGAAAUUGGAGGAUCGUCGCGACACGGUACAUGAUUUCCAGACCAGACCGGAAAUCUUCAUCUUCCUGCUGUCUACUCGUGCUGGUGGCUUAGGUAUCAACUUGACCUCUGCUGAUACCGUUAUCUUCUACGACUCUGACUGGAAUCCCACCAUUGACUCACAAGCCAUGGAUCGAGCCCACCGACUGGGUCAAACCAAGCAGGUCACGGUAUAUCGUCUCAUCACGCGCGGCACGAUCGAAGAGCGUAUUCGUAAACGCGCCAUGCAGAAGGAAGAAGUCCAACGUGUCGUCAUCACUGGUGGUGAUGGUGCAGGCGUUGACUUCAAUACCCGCGAUCGCCGUGAGAACAGAACCAAGGAUAUUGCCAUGUGGCUCGCCGACGACGACCAGGCUGCCCUUAUCGAACAAAAGGAGAAAGAAAAUGCCGAGAAACCAGAAGAGGACACUAAGAAGAAGAGCAAGAAGGCUCAGGCCGCUGCUGCCGCCCGCAGACGUAAGGCCGAGAUGAGUCUCGAUGAUAUGUAUCACGAAGGUGAAGGACAUUUUGAUGAUGCUUCAGCCAAGCCCUCGGGGGCAGCUACGCCAGUCAGCAGUGCUGAGACGCCAGGACCCAAGAAGGGUUUAGGAUCUCGAGGUGGAAAAGGAAUCAGCAAGAAGGCCAAAACGGCCAAACAACGUCUGGCUAUUAUCGAUGCUGAAGGUGAUUUGGGCAUGGGCGGUGGUAUGUGAUGGAAGACAGCGAAGAAUCUCAGUCCAGCUGUCUGAAGGAAUGACUUCGAACAAACGAACAUGUGGUUUAAUCUCCAUGGGAUGAGUCCACUGAGGAUAGUGAGUGGGUCGAUUGGCAACUUUUAUUUUUUUUUUGCUUGUGUAUCAUUAUGGGUUAUUGGCUUCGACGAUGUCUUUUAUUGCCCUCCUCAGAACACAAAAAAAGCAUUGAGGCAUUGCAUUAGGGAGAACAGGGACGGUUGGCUGGCAGUAUCGAGGCUGGUAUCAAAUGUUGUGAUUGUGAUUUGAUGAGUGGUUUUUGUUUUGAUGUACAAAAGAAGACUUUGAUCCUCGGAGGAUUGAAGUAAUAGACAGACGCGCGUCCAAUACAUCAUUCAACCUUUUUCUUAGAUACA